AUGAUCUUCAUUAUCAUCAAUGCGGUGCUCUCCGCGAUCCUCCUCAUGCUCGUCGUGGUGCCACCGCUCUACAUCUACAACCCUGACUAUAACGCCGGAGAGUCGAAUCGGUUGCCAAGCACUGGCGAGGUCAUCCUAGAUGAAAGCGUGACUCCGGGCGUGAAGCAGAGGCUGUAUCUGCUGUUAAUCAUCCCGUUGUGCACCACGGUGAACGCUCUCUUCCUGUACUUUGCCUACUACCGCCCGGUGCGUUUUGUCCACUACCGUGUCGAGCUGAACCUGCUGACGCUACGGUUGACCUUGGAGGCGAGGCGACAGCAGCUGCAGAAGAACGGCGUGCUCGCCGUGGGCAACCGCAGCAUCGUCGGCUGCAGCGUGUCUGCCUCGAGCUUUGUUAUAGCCGGUAGAAGCGUCUCCCCCUUGAACCGCUCAAGGAUGUUGGCGCGAAGCGUCCACUUCGAUCAAGGCAGCAACCAAGCCCAGAGGCUCGCAAGCACCGUAAACUGGGAGCGGCGUCGGCACGUGCGGCCCAAGAGCGUGCGCAAGGAUAUGUGGGUGAAUUCGGCCGUCUUUGCGGAGAUCGGGGACCUGCGCGACCAGGUGGAGCAGCACUUUCUCACAAAGGCAAACGUGGCUGAGGCGAAUUUUACGAAGGCGGUGGUGAAAACGGUCGGCGUCUUCGUGUCGCCUACCUCCGUAGCGCUGCUGGGGCAAGUGACAGACGUCGCCGCGGAGGCAAAGCAAGGGAGUGGCUUCUACCUCUCCAGCCGCCAACCGCUGUCCAUGCUCAGCGAUGGCAAGACCGCCCCGCGGCCCUGGGACAAUGUUUCACCACUGGUGCCGGCUGAGGGUCCCCACCCCGGUCACCUGCGGGGCUCCGUCGUGCCGGCGAGCAGCAGCAGCGGCGCCGGCGGUAGCGCGGCGAGCUUUCUCGGCUCGAAAUUCGGCCUUUUCCGCGGAGACGAGAACACCUCUUGGGACCGGUAUAAUACCGACGCAGGCUUGCCACAAGCCUUUCGAGGCAACGUGCUGGAGCGGACGCACGAGCCGGCUGACACGUAA